AUGGCUCCACCUCCUCCCUCGGGAAUGGGAUGUGUCUGCAUGGCACCAACCUCUUCCGGAAAAGAUGAAUCGAUGAGAGAUCGUACACAGAAUAUUUGCCAGCAGCAAGGAGCCUUCUUGCGAGGUACUCUCGACUUUUACGGCAGGGGCAAUUUCUAUUGUAACUUUGUCAACGGUAUCGAUCCGGCUAAGUGGGACCAAAGCUGCCGUACGAUUUAUGGUGAUGGAACAUAUGGUUUCUGCAACGCGGCGAACUAA